GUCUUUCAGUGUCUUCUUUCAUGUGAGAUCAGAAGUUCAGAACCAAGAUGGGAGAAUCCUGUAAUAUUGCCUCCGAUGAUGAUAUGAUCUUUCAUGAGAAGAAUAAGAAAAGAAAGCUGAAGACCCCAUCACAACUUGAGGCUUUAGAGAAGUUCUACAAUGAACAUAAGUAUCCGCCAGAGUCCCUUAAAGUACAGUUUGCCUGGAAAUGGGGCUUAUCUAUGAAACAGAUUCAGGUAUGGUUCUGGCACAGAAGGUUGAAGGACAAAAAGGUUUUCAAAGAAGAUGCACUCGCUAAUGGAGAGCAAGAUACUCAGAGAAUUAGACAGGAUUUAGUUAGCAGCUCAAAACAAGGGGAGAGCAAGAAUUUUAAUUUGAGUAAAGUAGAGAGCCAAAGAUUUAAUGACCCCAGUCUCACCUCAGAGCCUAGGCAUCGAUAUGUUCUGACUAGAACUUGCAGUGCUAUGCAUAAUAAUGCCUCUUCUGAAAGCGAUUCAGCUUCAGAAGAUAGGUCAUCUUUGCAGACUGAGGAUCACUACGAUAUGAAGCCUUUGAUAUACUCUUCAUUACACAACAAUUACAAUGAGUAUGUCAAUAUGGAUGGCAAAGUGAGAAGGGGAUAUGCUGUGUUGGAUGAAGACAUAUACUUUCAGGAGAAUGGUGAGGAUCCCACUAUUUCUUCUGUGAAAAGAAAGCUUGGAAGGCAUUACCAUGAAGAUGGCCCAAUGCUUGGCAUUGUAUUCCAGCCACUUCCUCCUGGUGCUUUUGACGCAUCAUUUGAGGAUUCUCGAUCUGCGCCAUAUCAUUUUGGAAGUUCCAUCAUGCAUAAUGCUCAUAACAUGUCAAGAGUGACAAAUGAAUCCCAAAUUGGAAUGGUAUAUGACAGAAUAAGGAAUAAUGUCAAACUCCGUGAAUCAUAUCCAUUGCUGCAUCAAAGGAAGGAAUUCACUUGUAGCAAUGUGUUGACCAGAAGGCCUUCUCUUACUAGUCACAGUGGAACUACCACCCCUGAUACGAAUCCUCCUUCGCAAACUGAUGGUGAUUCUGAAAGUGAAGUAUCAGAAUUUGUUGGCAAGAACUAUGGGGAUUGGUUAGACAAAGUAUGGUAUCAAUGAGGCCCAAUUCCAAUGCAGAUCAACAUCAUCAUCCAUACGUUCCAAAUUAUAGUACGGAGGAACAGUCAUAUUACCAUCAGCCAUGCAAUAAUAGUAAAACAGAAAUCCUAUAUAGGGAAAUGGACUGUUGUGAUGCAAAACCUGCAAGUCAUCUCUUAUGCCAAAGUGAGCUUUCUUGACGUCGGAACAGAGUGCAGUUGAGAGGAAUGACAAAGGUUGAAAUGAAUUUUGACAUGGUGUAAAGGGGAAAGAUGUGGGGAGAGAUGAAGAGAGAGAGAGAGCAUCAAUGCCCACUUCUACUAAGACUGCCUGUAAAGGACAAAAUACAAGUG